AUCCUGUUCUGAGCAGCAGCUGGAAGUGACUAUACGGACAGAUCGACAGGCCUAUGUUAAAUAGACCAUUCCAACCUCGAUCCUGAAACACAUCUAGCCAUCAUGUCUAAGGGCACAGCAAUUGGCAUCGACCUGGGUACAACCUACUCUUGUGUAGGAGUGUUCCAGCAUGGCAAAGUUGAAAUCAUUGCCAAUGACCAGGGCAACAGGACCACUCCAAGCUACGUUGCUUUCACUGAUUCUGAAAGGCUCAUUGGAGAUGCUGCAAAUAAUCAGGUGGCAAUGAAUCCAACCAACACUGUAUUUGAUGCUGAGCGUUUGAUUGGAAGACGAUUUGAGGACACUGUGGUCCAAUCAGACAUGAAACACUGGCCUUUCAAUGUAAUUAGCGACAGUGGGCGACCCAAAGUAGAGGUGGACUAUAAGGGCGAAACCAAAAGCUUCUACCCAGAGGAGAUUUCUUCCAUGGUUCUGGUCAAAAUGAAAGAGAUUGCUGAGGCAUACCUUGGCAAGUCUGUGUCAAAUGGUGUUGUAACAGUACCUGCAUAUUUCAACGACUCACAUAGACAAGCAACCAAGGACGCCGGAACAAUCUCCAGUCUCAAUGUAUUGCGAAUCAUCAAUGAGCCAACUGCUGCCGCUAUUGCUUAUGGAUUGGACAAGAAGGUUGGAGCUGAAAGGAAUGUCCUCAUCUUCGACCUUGGCGGUGGUACUUUUGAUGUCUCUAUCCUGACCAUUGAGGAUGGCAUCUUUGAAGUCAAGUCUACUGCUGGAGACACCCAUCUGGGUGGAGAAGAUUUCGAUAACCGCAUGGUCAACCACUUCAUCGCAGAGUUCAAGCGCAAGUACAAAAAGGACAUCAGCGACAACAAGAGGGCUGUACGCCGUCUGCGCACCGCCUGUGAGAGGGCAAAGCGCACCCUGUCUUCCAGCACUUAGGCCAGCAUCGAGAUCGACUCCCUGUAUGAGGGCGUCGACUUCUACACCUCCAUCACUAGGGCCCGCUUUGAGGAACUCAAUGCUGACCUCUUCCGUGGAACCCUGGAUCCAGUUGAGAAGUCACUCAGAGAUGCCAAAAUGGACAAAGCUCAAGUUCAUGACAUUGUACUCGUCGGUGGCUCUACUCGUAUUCCCAAGAUUCAGAAGCUGCUCCAAGACUUAUUCAACGGCAAAGAGCUCAACAAGAGCAUCAACCCUGAUGAGGCUGUGGCUUAUGGAGCAGCUGUCCAGGCUGCCAUCCUGUCUGGUGACAAGUCUGAGAAUGUCCAGGACUUGCUUCUGCUGGACGUCACCCCCCUGUCCCUGGGUAUCGAGACCGCUGGAGGGGUCAUGACCGUCCUGAUCAAUCGUAACACCACCAUUCCAACCAAACAGACCCAGACCUUCACCACCUACUCUGACAACCAGCCUGGUGUGCUUAUUCAGGUUUACGAGGGUGAGAGAGCCAUGACCAAGGACAACAACCUGCUGGGUAAGUUUGAGCUGACUGGCAUCCCCCCAGCUCCUCGUGGUGUUCCUCAGAUUGAGGUCACCUUCGACAUUGAUACCAAUGGCAUCCUGAAUGUCUGUGCUGUUGACAAGAGCACUGGCAAGGAGAACAAGAUCACAAUCACAUACGACAAAGGUAAACUCUCUGCGGAGGACAUUGAGCGUAUGGUCCAGGAGGCCGAGAAGUACAAGUCAGAAGAUGACGUCCAGCGUGACAAGGUCUCAACCAAGAACUCUCUGGAGUCCUAUGCAUUCAACAUGAAGUCCACCGUGGAGGAUGAAAAACUGACCGGCAAGAUCAGUGAGGAGGACAAGACCAAGAUUCUCAACAAGUGCAACGAGAUUAUUGCUUGGCUAGACAAGAACCAGACUGCGGAGAGGGAGGAAUAUGAGCAUCAGCAACAGGAGCUAGAGAAGGUGUGCAACCCCAUCAUCACCAAACUGUACCAGAGUGCUGGAGGCAUGCCUGGUGGUAUGCCAGGAGGAAUGCCAGGAGUAAUGCCAGGAGGAAUGCCGGGGGGCUUUCCGGGGGCUGGUGGGGCCCCAACUGGAGGUGGGUCCUCUGGCCCCACUAUUGAGGAGGUUUAUUAGACACAAACACAAUAGAUAAGACUUUGUUCAUCUUCACGUAGGGAAAAUAAUCCACCUUCCCAAAAUAACAAAGCAUGUAUAACCCGAGAUGUGUCGUAUCUUUAAGCCAAGGCUGGUCAUUAUUAGAUGCUUUACAUGUUUGCAAUCGCUGAUGAUAAACACUGUAUAGGAAGAAAGCAAGAAGGGAAAGCAAGUAGAAAGCAAAGGAUUCUGGACAUUUUGAGUGAUUUGUGAAUAAAGUAUUCAUAAUAUUA